CUGGGGGCGGGCGGGUGCGUGUGCGGGCACCGGGAGCACAGCGGCGCGGUCGGUCCCUUCGGGGGGAAGGCGGGGCGGGGAGGAGGUGAAAAACAGAGACCUCUAAGUAGCUUGAUGUAGUUAGGCACUUCCCUCCCGGGUGCCUGGAGAGAGGAGCCGCUCCCCGGAGAGCCCGGCGGGCUGCCAGCAUCUCCCUUCGUUUGAUUUAGCGCGCACUCGCAAGCGCUGACAGCAGCGAGGGGAUCGCGCUUUUGAGAUGCGCGGGCAGGACUGAGGAGAUUUUGCUCGCUGUAGGAGCCAGAGAGGCUUGGAUUUGUCAGAGGGAAAUGCUGCAGCAUGAACCUACCGCCUAGAGAGAAGCGAUCGCACCUCCUCGGCGCCGCUCCCUGAGCCAGCCCGGCACAGCCGUCCGGCGGAGCCUGACACCGGCACAGCCCAGCCUGCCUGCCCGCCGCCCGGCCCCGGCGGGAUGCGCUCGCCGCCGCCUUCAUGCCGCAAGGAGGGACUGUGAAUCGCCGCUCCGCGCCCUGCGAGUCUCUCGGGCAAGGAGCGCGGGCAGCGGCGGGGCCCCGCGGCUCAGCCCGCUCCGGAGCCACCCACGUGUCGCCCGCCGGCCGUCCCCGCUGAAGGCGGCCGCUCCAGCCGGUGGUGCGGGGGGCACAUCCCUGAGCCUUCGGCCGCAAAAGCCAGCGGUGCUGCCCGGGCUGGCGGCGCAGCCCGCCCGGCGGCCGCGAUCCGGUGCCCCAUGGUGCUGCUGCGGAAGCUGCCGGGCAUGCCGGGCUGGCCGGCGGCGCUGGGGCUGCGGCUGCCGCAGAAGUUCCUAUUCCUGCUCUUCCUCUCGGGCCUGCUCACGCUGUGCUUCGGGGCCCUGUUCCUCCUGCCCGAUUCCUCCCGCUUCAAGCGCCUCUUCCUGCCCCGCCGGGCCACCGCCUCCACCUCCUCCUCUUCUUCUUCCUCCGCCUCCUCCGCCUCCUCCUCUUCCACCCGCGACACCGACCUGCCCCGCAGCCCCCCCGCCGCCGCCGAGCCCCGCCACGCCAGCCCCGCCGCCCCCCGCCGCCUCCGGGAGAAGCUCCGCACCGCCGCCCGCAUGGCCGGCCCGCCGGCCCACACCGCGCCGGGCUCCCGGCAGCAGGUGCAGGGCGGCGAUCGCCGAGCCGAGCCCGCCACCGGGGAUCCCCCCGCCCGGGAGACGCGAGCUCCGUUCCGCUUCGACUACGAGCGGUUCCGCCGAAGCCUCCGCCACCCGGUGCGGGGCAGGCGGGCCGGCGAGGACCCCGAGACCCGCAGCCGCAGGAUGAAGAUUAAAGAGAUGAUGAAAUUCGCUUGGGACAACUACAAGCAAUAUGCACUUGGGAAAAACGAACUGCGACCGCUGACUAAGAACGGCCACAUCGGUAACAUGUUUGGAGGCCUUCGAGGAGCUACGGUGGUGGACGCCUUAGAUACUCUUUACAUCAUGGAACUCGAGGAGGAAUUCCAAGAAGCAAAGAAGUGGGUGGAGAAGAGCUUUGACUUGAAUGUGAACGGAGAAGCAUCCUUGUUUGAGGUGAACAUCCGCUAUAUUGGAGGACUGUUGGCCGCCUACUACUUAACCGGAGAAGAGGUGUUCAAGAGUAAAGCUCUGGAACUUGGAGAGAAACUUUUGCCAGCUUUCAACACCCCCACUGGCAUCCCACGUGGCGUCAUAAAUCUGGGCAGCGGCAUGAGCUGGAGUUGGGGUUGGGCAUCCGCCGGCAGCAGCAUCUUAGCGGAGUUUGGUACCUUGCACUUGGAAUUCCUGCACCUCUCGGAGCUCUCUGGCAACCCGGUGUUUGCAGAAAAGGUGAUGAACAUCCGCAAAGUCCUGAACAGAGUGGAGAAGCCGCAGGGCCUUUAUCCCAACUUUCUGAGCCCGGUGACAGGGAACUGGGUGCAGCACCAUGUCUCCAUCGGGGGGCUUGGGGACAGCUUUUAUGAAUAUCUCAUCAAAUCCUGGCUGAUGUCAGACAAGAAAGACUCUGAAGCUAAAAAGAUGUACGACGAUGCACUAGAGGCGAUAGAAAAGCAUUUGGUCAAAAAGUCGGCUGGAGGAUUGACCUACAUUGCCGAAUGGAGGGGCGGCAUCUUGGACCACAAAAUGGGCCACUUGGCUUGUUUCUCCGGGGGCAUGAUUGCACUGGGAGCUGAGCACGCCAGGGAAGAGAGAAAGCAACAUUACGUGGAUCUGGCUGCAGAAAUAACGAACACUUGUCACGAGUCUUACGAACGCUCAGAUACCAAACUUGGCCCUGAAGCCUUUCGGUUUGAUGCUGGAACUGAAGCCAUGGCAACCAGACUCAGCGAGCGCUACUACAUCCUACGCCCAGAAGUGGUAGAAAGCUACAUGUACAUGUGGCGGCUGACACACGAUCCCAAGUACAGGCAGUGGGGCUGGGAGGUUGUGAAGGCCCUGGAAAAACACUGUAGAGUAGAAGCUGGUUUUUCCGGCAUCCGAGAUGUUUACACCACAACCCCAACCCAUGACAACAUGCAACAGAGUUUUUUCCUCGCAGAGACUCUGAAGUACCUCUAUCUUCUGUUCUGUGAAGAUGACGUGCUGUCCCUGGACGACUGGGUGUUCAACACAGAGGCUCAUCCCCUGCCAAUCAACCACACGGACUUUAAAGCGAGUGUGCAGCAGUGAGGCCGCUGCCCGGCGCCUGCUGCUGCAGCGUCGGCGGCUUUCCUGCAUUUCCUUUCCAUUAAAGGAAUUCGCGUUGUUCCUAAAAUGGUAUUUUUGGGGCACUAGUCCAAUUCCGGACAGUAUUAUAUUGAGGAGAUGAAACCGUGACAUAAGCACCUUCUUUUCCUCUGUGAGGAGCUUUAUUAGCCUGAUAAUGAGAUGAUUAUUCUGGGCCAUAUUGUACACAGUUCAUAGACAUUCCUUUAUACAGAGAAUUUAUAUGAAAUCCACUGACUUUGCUUUAUAGUGGCCAAAGGACUGGAAGUUUGCCAUAAAAUAGACUUUACACACACACACACACAUCCUCCUUUUGUUUUUCUGUUUCAUUUUUGCCUUUUUUAUACUCUUGGAUUCAUCACCUUUCUAAUGAACAGGGUGAGGGUGAGCUGCACUGGCACAGGCUGCCCAGGGAGGCUGUGGAGGCUCCAUCCUUGGAGAUACACAUUCAAAAGCCACGCGGGCCCGGUCCUGGGCCACUGGCUCUGCUUGGGUUGGACCAGAUGAUCUCCAGAGGUCCCCGCCACCCUCAACCAUUCUGCGGGGUCAAAAUUGUAACUCAAUCCAACCCGUCUGCAACGAAUUCUGGAUGCUGAUGUAUUUUUAUAUACUUUUUCUGUGCUCUUAAAACACACGUCACAUCCCAUUUAACUUUCCUUUACCGCUUUUGUGUUUUUCUACUUUGAUUUGGAACUAAAUGUUAUGAGUCACUUGUAAUAAUUUCACUGCUGUAAUAGUCAAAUCUGUGAAACAGAAUAAAAGUCUUGUAAAAUAAAAA